AUGCGCACCCUUCGGUAUCCUCUUGAUGAGCUGCUCAAGGCGGAUGCAAAAUUUGAGUGGACGGAAAAAUGCCAGGCGGCAUUUAACAAAUUUAAAGAGGUGUUGAAAUCCGAUCUACUGUUGACUCACUACAACCCUGCGCUUGAUAUAGUUGUGUCGGCAGAUGCGUCGUCUGUUGGUGUCGGUGCAACAUUAUCACACAAGUUUCCGGACGGUACUCUCAAGGUGGUACAGCAUGCCUCCAGAGCACUCACAGCAGCAGAGAAAAACUAUAGUCAGUCCGAUCGUGAAGGACUUGCAAUAAUUUUCGCAGUGACUAAAUUUCACAAAAUGUUGUUUGGUCGUCGCUUUCAUCUUCAGACUGAUCACGAGCCGCUGCUGAGGAUUUUCGGUUCGAAGAAAGGAAUUCCUGUUUACACAUCGAACCGGUUACAACGUUGGGCUCUUACGCUAUUGCUUUAUGAGUUCACCAUCGAGUACGUCCCGACAACGAAAUUCGGCAAUGCUGACAUACUUUCCCGUCUGAUUAACCAGCACGUCAGACCUGAGGAAGAUUACGUGAUUGCUUCGGUCUCUUUGGAGAAUGACUUAAGAAUCGUACAACAGUCUACACAGUCCGAUCCUAUCACCAAAGCAGUUUAUCGAUACCUGAUUGACGGUUGGCCUGAGACCGUUACUGAUGCAGAGCUCAAGCGGUUUUAUGCACGACGUGAAUCACUUACCACGGUACAAGGCUGCAUACUAUUUGGCGAUCGACUUGUUAUUCCUUCGCCCCAUCGCAAGCGCAGUCUUCAGCAGCUUCAUCGUGGCCACCAUGGAAUCCAGCGAAUGAAGUGGCCUGAGAUUGUGCAGACUCGCAGCAUCACUACAGCCGUUACAAUCAAAAUCAUCAGAGAACUGUUCGCACGCUUGGGAAUGCCAGAGACACUAGUGAGCGACAACGGCUCACAGUUCACCAGUGCAGAAUUUCAAUCCUACUGUACGGAUAACGGUAUCGAGCAUCUCACAACUGCGCCGUUUCACCCACAAUCGAACGGUCAAGCUGAGCGGUUUGUGGAUACAUUCAAACGGUCAAUAAAGAAGAUUAAGGAGGGGAGAGCGACAAUGCGUGAAGCACUCAGUACAUUUUUGCUGACUUACCGGAGCACACCUUGUUUUUCUUCUCCGGAUGGAAAAUCACCAGCAGAAGUCAUGUUCGGUCGUCCGAUCCGUACCAGUUUGGAUCUACUCCGUCCUCCACCAGAUUCUGUGCAGUUUGAACAGCCUAGCGAGAGCCGACCCUUGAAGCGUGAGUUCAAAGCUAAAGAUCCGGUAUAA